GCUACGCCUUUUGUUAUGGCUUCAUGUUGGUUUAUCCACGCAUUCCUCGCUGGCCGAUCAUUAAAUCUUACUUUUUGUAGUAAUACGUUAGUGUAAAUCCACUUUUUGUGUAAUAUCUGUAAUUGUAUUGCAUAAUUAUGUAUAUUAGUGAUCGUGAUAGUUUAAAAAUUACGUUAUCUUAAUACAGUGUGUUGUGGUAUUCGUGUUUGUUGAUUAAAAUGCUGUCAAUUUCGUCGUUGAAAUGCUGGAAAAAAAUGUAAUUGAAAUCUUCCGAUGAAUAUGUAACCUCAAAACAAAAUACACACUCGUCUUUUUGAUUUUUUAACCUAGCGAUUCUGCUACACAAAAUUCUUGAUCAAACAGUAAAUUUUAUAAGUACUCGUAUAUGAAUUCUUUUUUCUAGUUUAAUUUAAUUUUAGCUUUCAAAGCAAACGUUGACAAUUGGCAUGGUGUUGGACACGUGAAAUGAAAGUAGGGUUAUUGUUGGCACCGAGAUUACAUCACACAGCACAUACUAUUCGUAUAAGCACACUAAAAACUGCUUGUAAACUGCUCAACAAGAACUAUGACCAUUGAAUGAUUUAAAUUGCUGCAAAUACUUUUAUUGACUUAAAUCAGUCUUUAUGCAUAAAUAUCUAACUAUAAAUAUCUAAGCAUAAAUAUCUAAGACAUGUGUUUACAGGUGUGUUUACACUUUACUUUUGUCAUUAAAGUCGAAUUCCUAAAUUAAUAUUAUACUAAACAGUUUCUUAAAGAACAUUAUUUUAUCAAGAUACUGUUAAUAUUAUAAUAAAUUUUAGAAUUAAUCACAAUGAGCCUAAAAGAUGAAAAAUUUUAUGAAUAUGAUUCUGAUGGUGAUGAAUAUAACAUUAUAGAUGAGAUUGAUUACGCUUUAUUAAAUAUUACCUUGCCAAAAAAAAGAAAUGAAACUGAAGAAUAUUAUUUUAAAAUUCUUUGUACCUAUGAUAUUGUGCAUUGCAUGAUGGAAACGAUUAGAGAAGCUAAUUCUUUUGUAGGUUUAUCUGAAACAACUACUAGAAUUCUACUUAAUCAUUUUAAAUGGGAUAUACAACAAUUUGUGUGUACCUACUAUAAUGGAGAUCAAGAGAAAUUAUUCAAAGAAGCUCAUAUUAUAAAUCCCUUCAAAACACGUAGUUUGACAUCAAGCCAACCAUCUUCUAAUGAAGCAGAUAAAUGUCAAGUCUGUUUGGUGGAAAUACCAAAAAAUAUGAUGACUGGCUUAGGGUGUGGCCACCAAUUUUGUGAAGAUUGCUGGAAUGAAUAUCUUAAAAUUAAAAUCAUGGAUGAAGGAAUUGUCCAAGCUAUACAAUGUGCUGCAAAUUCCUGUGAUAUUUUGGUAGAUUAUACUAACAUUAUGCGAUUAGUGAAGGAACCCAAAGUCAAACAAAAGUAUGAGCACCUUAUCUCUAAUGAUUUUGUGGAGUGUCACAAGCUCAUAAAAUGGUGUCCAAAGGGAUGCGAAAAUGCAAUCAUGGUUAAAAAUGUAGAAGCUAAACCAGUAAAAUGUAAGUGCAACUACACAUUUUGCUUCUUAUGUGGAGCAAAUUGGCAUGACCCAAUCAAGUGUGAUUUGUUACGCAAAUGGAGUAAACAUUGCAAGGAAGAUUUAGAUAGUGAUCAAUGGAUUCUAAAAAAUGCUAAAAAUUGUCCACACUGUGAUGCACCCAUUGAAAAGAAUGAAGGUUGCAUGCACAUGACAUGUAGGAAUCGAAAUUGUGGGUAUGAGUUUUGUUGGCUGUGCAUGGGCUCUUGGACUCACGCACAUAGAUGUAACAGAUUUGAUGAAAUUCGAGCACAAUCAAAACAAGAAGCCAAUCAGAAGAAAGCAAUGGUUUUGCAAAAGUAUAAUUUUUUUAGUAAUAGAUACAUGAACCACAUGCAGUCAUUGAAAUUUGAGAAUCAAUUACAUAGAAAUAUAUUGGACAAAAUGAAGGAAACCCAACAGCAGUACGAUAUGACAUGGAACGAAGUUUGUUUUUUGCAAAAAGCUGUAGAUGUUUUAAUUUCUUGCAGACAGACUCUUAUGUACACUUACGUCUUGGCUUUUUAUCUGGAAAAAAAUAAUCAGACUGAAAUAUUUCAAGAUAAUCAAAAUGAUUUAGAGAAUGCUGUUGAAGUAUUGUCAGGAUAUCUUGAACGUGAUAUUACUGUUAAUAAUGUAGCUCAAUUCAAACCAAAGAUUCAAGAUACAUCAAAAUACUGUAAUAACCGAAGAAUAGUGCUUUUGGAGCAUGUUCAAGAAGGAAAUGAUAAAAAAUGGUGGGUUUUCGUAGAUUUUUAGAUUGUGAAAAUAAUUUAAAGAUUUCCAAAAGUUUGAUUAUUAAAAUUAUUAGAUACUGAUUAAUUUGACAAUGAUGCCAUAAAUAUAUUACUGACUGUGCCAAUUGUUUAUUGUCACAUGUUUUGUUAUAUAAGUUUUCAUAAGUUUCAGAUGCAUAUAACUGUAAACUUUGAUUGCAUUAUUAAUUACCAUUAAAUCUCUAUGAUCUUGUCAAUUAUAUUAAUUAUGUGAUUACGUUAUUUUUUAAUAGUAAACCAUUAUAAAUAGUUUUAUGAUCAUGUACAGAAAGUAUUUAAAACACGUUGAGUAAAUUAUUUUGUGCUUUCAAUUUAAAUGUAAUGUGUAUCUAUGUAG